AUGUUUGAGAAUCUUUGCACUCUCCCGCUCCAGGCGGACGUCUUCACGACCGCGUUGCAUCCCACCGAGCCUCUCCUGUCGGUCGGUCUUUCCAGCGGCCACGUCGAGACCUUCCGCCUGCCCCCCACGGCCAACGGCAGCUCCGACGAUGACAGCGCCGACGGCGACACGAGCAUCAUGAGCGAUGGGAAGGGAAUGGUGGACACAGUCUGGCAGACCCGGAGGCACAAGGGCAGCUGCCGUAGCCUGGCCUACUCCCACGACGGCAGUGCCAUGUACUCCGCCGGCACCGACUCCAUCGUCAAGCACUUCGACUCCCAGACCGGCGCCGUCAUCUCCAAGCUCGCCAUCCCCUCCUCGACCAGCCGCGCCGACGCCCCCACCCUCCUCUCGGUCCUCAACCCCCAGGCCCUCCUCCUCGCCACCGACUCGGGCGCCCUGCACAUCGUCGACCUCCGCGAGGGCGGCCGCCCGUCCAGAAAACCCGCGCAGACGCACUUCCCCCACUCCGACUACGUGUCCAGCCUGACGCCGCUCCCCCCUUCCGAGGAGAGCACGAGCGGGUUCCCCAAGCAGUGGGUCAGCACGGGCGGGACGACGCUGGCCGUCACCGACGUGCGCAGGGGCGUGCUGGUCCGCAGCGAGGACCAGGAGGACGAGCUGCUGAGCGCCUGCUUCAUCCCCGGCCUGGGCCCCAAGAACAACCGCAACAACGGCGUCGUGGCCGUCGGCUCCGGGACGGGGGUCGUCACGCUGUGGGAUAAGGGUUCGUGGGACGAUCAGCAGGAAAGGAUCAUCGUCGACGGCGUGAGGAGGAAGGGUACUCCACCCGGCGGCGAGAGCGUCGACGCCAUCUGCGUGAUCCCCGAGGAGAUGGGGCUCGGGAAGAAGAUCGUCUGCGGCCUCGGGGACGGCGGCCUCAAGAUCGUGGACCUCCAGAAGCGGGAGCUGCUCACGGCGUCGACGCUCCGCCACGACGACAUGGAGGGCGUGGUGUCCCUGGGCUUCGACGCCGGCAACAGGCUCAUCAGUGCCGGCGGGCGGACCGUCAAGGUCUGGGAGGAGCUGUCUGAGCUUCAGGGUCACCACCACGAGGAGGACGAGGAGGACGAUAGUGAUGAUGACGACGACGAUGACGACAGUGAGGACGCCAGGGGCGCCAAGCGAGCUGCCGAGAGCGAUAGCGAUGAUAGCGAUGAUAGUGACAGUGACGGCGUCGAGGCGAUGAAGCAGCGGGCCAAGAGGAGAAAGGAGGCCCAGAGCAGCCGCCUAGGGCCUAUGGGAGCACAUGGCAUCCUAGGAUUUGAGGGGAUGGAUUAA